GCUUCAACCAUAAACAAAAUGUGAUUUAAACCCGAUAUUAACGCUUAAGAAACACGCGCGGUCCAUUAUUUACAAGUUCUUAUAUUCAGAGAAGUGUUUUAAACUGUAAAUGGAACGUUUAAACAACUCAAAACAAAAGUUUUCUCAAGUUUUGUUUAUAGUUUCUCUUGUGAGAACCCGACUAAGUUGAAAAGUUCUUGUUCUUGUUGAGAAAUCGCUGGUCGCGUGGGUUCUUUUAUUUUGUCAGGGUUAUACUUUUGACAGCGGCCGAGUAGUCGUAUGCUAGAUGUGGUGUGGGGUUGCCGUGUCGUUUUUUCCGCUGUAUAAAACUUUUGCCUUGUCGAAAAUACUAUGAAAAUAUAGUUAAACGAUUUGAAAAUCGAACGACUAGUAGUGAAAAGUGUUUAAGUGUGUGCCAUGUAGGCUUUUGUGUGUGUUCCUGAGUGUAUCACAGUGCAUUCUUCGGUGAUUCAUCUUAUGAACAAGAAAUGCUGUUUGUGUCAUAGAUAUACAUGUAUUGGCCCUAAGUUUAUGUGUACCUUGCAAGGAAUGUGUUUUGUGGUGAUUUUUUGACUUCACCACUCUCAUUUUGCUGUAGAAAUAAGAUGAGAAAACAACUGCAGUUCGAAGUUUCGGCAUAAUAAUUGAGAUCACCAGUGGGUGCUGCUUCAGAUGUUUCUUUAAAAACAAAUUCCAGAGACAAACAAAAUGGCCGAUUGGGCGCUACGCCUCUGUAUAAUAGUCUUGACUAUGAAGACUUUGUCAGUGGCUGCAGAUUUCACGGCCAACUGUCCGACAGAAUGCAAAUGCGUGUGGGCCAGCGGAAACAAACAGGCGGAUUGCUCCCAUGCAGAAUUCCACGACAUACCCAAAACCCUAAGCCCAGAAAUACAAAUCCUAGACCUAACUGGCAACGAACUCUACGAAAUCACGAGGAACGCCUUCGAGGAUGUCCGAUUAAUCAAUCUAAAGAAACUCAUAUUGAGAGAGUGCAAGUUAAUAACGAUACACAAAAACGGACUGAGCGACCUCGCGAUCAUGAUCGAACUAGAUUUAUCGAAAAACGACCUUAAAACGCUGCACCCCGACACUUUCAGGGAAACAGCUAAAAUAAGAUGGAUCCUGCUCAACGAUAAUCAAAUCGAGAAACUAGAGGACGGCUUAUUUAACAAUUUGCCCUUCUUACAAAAAGUCGAUCUGAGUAACAACCGCAUAGUACAACUCGGGUUGAAAACUUUUAUGAAUGUGCCAAAGCUAAAUAUUUUAAGACUCGACGGUAAUAAGUUAGAGCACCUCAAAAUAGACACGCUGAGUGCUUUAACAUCAUUGUCUAAUCUAGAUGUCCACGAUAAUCCAUGGAGAUGUGAUUGCUAUUUGCAGCCGUUUAGAAAUUGGGUGAUCAGUAAAAAUCUCUACACAUCACCGAUAGCCUGUAGCGAACCGGCUAAAGUGCAUGGGAAACUAUGGAAGGAGUUAGAUUCCAGUGACUUUGCUUGCAGGCCGAGCAUCGUCUACCCUUCCACCAGAACCACGCUGCGCUCAUCGGAUGCAAAUGUCACUCUAUCUUGCCAAGUUGACGGAAACCCUUUACCAGAAGUCAAUUGGGUGUUGAACGCUCAAAUAAUUGAUGGCACACAUAGAUACCAGGGUGAAAUCAAAUACUAUGUAACACAAUCCAAUUCGGAAAAUAGUAAAUGGGUUAAUUUGACCAUCGUUGAUGCUAAUAGCGAUGAUAAUGGGGAAUAUCUCUGUGUAGCCAAGAACGCAGGUGGAGUUGAGGAGAGAAGUUUAACUUUAGCCAUAGCUCACACUCCGCCUGAUAUUGACGUACCGCCUGGGAUGGCCACUAACAUGCUACCAGUUCUCAUCGGAGUGUCAUGUGUCAUUGCUAUAUUCUUAAUAGCAAUAAUAAUAGGCGUGGUCAUCCUUUGCUUCUGCUUGUGUAGAAGACGAGGAGCAGCGAAGAAGAAAGCUGAUAAUUCCAACGGGGAAGCUUUAAUCGAAGGGUCGAUCAUACCAGAGAUGGAGAAGAGUUUGAUAACGGCUGUGAACCCAGUGACUAAACCACCGCGAAGAUACGAUGCUCCUCCGCCCAUCAUGAGUGGAGCCACAGAGAUGUCAGAACUGAAUAAAACCUUGCUGGAUAACGAUUCAGUUUUCGCUCACAAUGACGAUGAGAAAAGGUCGAUUGGCUUCGACAUGCAAACACUUCGGUCACAGGAUGCCCUCAAUGCAGAAUAUGGACGAACAGACGGUCGAGCGUAUCCGCCAGAUUUACUAUCAUUCCCAGCGAGAGCUGCGCAAAUCUCACCUGCAGCGAGCAACGCCUCCACAGUCCCAGAUACCAGCAGACUGCAAGUCAAUCCAGUCAGCCCCAUCCAUUCGCCUAUUUACGGCAUGACCACCAAUCAGAACCUCUUUAGAACCCUACCCUACUCUCGAUCUCAGUCGCCUUUCACGGCACCAAUCACACCACCCGUAGUAACCCCAAGACAAGGCUAUGUUACCAUACCUAGACGACCAAGAGUACCAUCCUGGUCGAGCACAGCCAGCACUGCUAUACUUCCAAGUGCUGAAGCACAAGAACCUUUAUACGACAACUUGGGGUUGAGGACAACAGCAGACGGCAGCUCAGUACUUUCACUAAACAAGGCGGGAUUGGAACAACAGUUCUCUCCAAUGAGAAACAGACCCUUACCAGCAACACCUACAGUGGCUUACCCUGCUCAUCCAGUAUACUACGCUCCUAUAGAAGAACAGGAACCAGCACCGUCUCCCGUCCCCCCGCCGUUCACACCGACCAGAAACAGCAUUAGCUCUCAAAUAUCCAAUCAACUCUCAACCCCAGGCCCACAAGAACCGGUAAAUCCAAGAAUGAGUUGGACAGCAAAAAGUACUUCGACUCCUCAACCUGAACCCAGAAAACAAAUGGCUCAUAUCAUUGAUAAUAGGAAUGGAGACGCACAGUCACAGAAUUCUGACAGUACGUUAAGUCGUAGAGGAAAACCAGAAACUGGUUCGUUGAGAAGGAACCCAAGAAGUGAAAACAAUGAAGUGAGUUCUCCAUCCAAAGAUGAUUCAAGGAAAAACGAAAGCAAUGCAUCGUUGAAUCAAUCAGGUACUAUGGGAAGAAGUGGUAAAAUUCCUCCAAGACCACCCCCUAAGCCGAAGAAAAAGCCUAGUGCGGAAGUUAGUGCAACCGAACCACUGUUCGAAGACGAAGGUGAGGAUGGGACGGAAGUGUAGCAAUACCCCAAUGAAGUCAUUGAUCCUAAUGAACUCAUUGAUCCUAAUGAAGUCAUUGAUCCCAAUGAAGUCAUUGGUCCGAAUGAAGUCAUUGAUCCCAAUGAAGUUAUUGAUCCCAAUGAACAUGAACCAAGUGCCAACGAGCUUGUAGCGACAGUGAAGUGAAGUGAUAUAAGUGAACGAUGUGAAGUACAAUCGGAUCAUUAUUUUGCGGUGCUCGUGUAAA